AUGGAGCUUCUAAAGUGCCCUUCAAUCUUCGAUGUUACAACUGUCAUGAGGAAGGACACUAUGCUAGGAACUGCCCGAAGCCACCCAUGAACAGAGAUCAGAAUCCUACUAUUCCUGCACAACCAGCUACUCCUAAUCGAGAAAGGGCUCUUGUGUCUACUGCAAGUAUAGCAGAUGCAGCUGCCUCUGGAAGUCCACAGCCGCAGGGAUUAGCACAAGCGCUGGUGGUGCAGCCAAAUGUCAACUUUGACUGGUCCUCUGAGAUUGAGCGUCUGAACAUAUCAGCUCCAGAUAAUCAAGCUGCAACUUCUAACAUUGCUUUCAUGACCUCAAACGAGCAUGACCCUGAGCCACAGGAAGAGACUGCUGCUGACGAUUUCGCUUUCAUGACUCAAAUCCUGUCAGCACCUGUCAAAGGUCUCACCAAAGAAGAGAUGAUAGCUCAGAAGUAAGAUGUGAUGAUGUUCAUGGGAGUGAACCAGUUAUUGUUUCAAACAUUUCUGAACCUUAUUUUGAAUAUUAUUCUGAACCAACUGAGUCAGACAUUGCUUUUACCAAUUCUUUGUUUGCGUCGUUUUCUGCGUUUGUUUCGUCUUGUGAGCCUGCUGUUUUGGGCAAAACUGAUAAUGUUUGUGUGGAUGAUUUGAACAAUAUUUGUGGUGAUGAUAGUUUUUCAGCUAAUGUUUGUGAUGAUAACAUAUCAAAUGUUUCAGCUUGUGAUAAUGUUACAGGUGCGGUCCCCAAGGAUGCAUUCAGUGAAACCACUGAAACUAUUUCUCAAGAAAAUCAAGUGUAUCCUGAUUCUUCUUCUGAACCUGUCUCAGUGGGAGUCCCUAAUGUUGAAUCUAGUGGGACCCCAUUGGAAACCGAAUUACCAAAUGAAUCAGAACCUGUGUCACAAAGUAAAUGCUCUGAGGAAAUGCAUGUUGAUGAAACUUCUUCAGGAUCAGAAAGUGAACCUGAAUCAG